AUGGAAUGGUACCGUGCCCCGGGCCAGCAGGCUGGGCUCACCAUGGUGCCAGGUGCCAUCCUGGCACGAGGGAAGGACGUGUGCAAGAGAAAUGGACUACUCAUCCUGUCUGUGCUGUCUGUCACCGUGGGCUGCCUUCUCGGCUUCUUCCUGAGGACCCGUCGCCUCUCACCACAGGAAAUUAGUUACUUCCAGUUUCCUGGGGAGCUCCUGAUGCGGAUGCUGAAGAUGCUGAUCCUACCACUGGUGGUCUCCAGCUUGAUGUCUGGCCUCGCAUCCCUGGAUCCCAAGACCUCCAGCCGCCUGGGCGUCCUCACCGUGGCGUACUACCUGUGGACCACCUUCGUGGCUGUCAUUGUGGGCAUCAUCAUGGUCUCCAUCAUUCACCCGGGUGGCGCAGCCCAGAAGGAGAUGACAGAGCAGAGUGGGAAGGCCAUCAUGAGCUCUGCCGACGCCCUGCUGGACCUCAUCCGGAACAUGUUCCCAGCCAACCUGGUGGAGGCCACAUUCAAACAGUACCGCACCAAGACCACCCCCGUUGUCAAAUCCCCCAAGAUGGCAUCCGAGGAGGCCCCUUCUCGGCAGAUCCUCAUCUACGGGAUCCAGGAAGAGAAUGGCUCUCAUGUUCAAAACUUCGCCCUGGACCUAACCCCACCACCUGAGGUUGUUUACAAGUCAGAGCCUGACACCAUCGAUGGCAUGAAUGUGCUGGGCAUCGUCAUCUUCUCUGCCACCAUGGGCAUCAUGCUGGGCCGUAUGGGUGAAAACGGAACCCCUCUAGUCAGCUUUUGCCAGUGCCUCAAUGAGUCUGUCAUGAAGAUUGUGGCGGUGGCUGUGUGGUACUUCCCCUUCGGCAUCGUGUUCCUCAUCGCUGGCAAGAUCCUGGAGAUGGACGACCCCACAGCCGUCAGAAAGAAGCUUGGCUUCUAUGCCAUCACCGUGGUGUGUGGGCUGGUGGUCCACGGCCUCUUCAUCCUGCCCCUGCUUUACUUCUUCAUUACCAGAAAGAACCCCAUUGUAUUCAUCCGCGGCGUCCUCCAAGCCCUGCUUAUCGCACUGGCCACCUCCUCCAGCUCAGCCACACUGCCCAUCACCUUCAAGUGCCUGCUGGAGAACAACCACAUUGACCGGCGCAUUGCCCGCUUUGUGCUGCCUGUGGGCGCCACCAUCAACAUGGACGGCACCGCACUCUACGAGGCCGUGGCUGCCAUCUUCAUUGCCCAGGUCAACAACUAUGAGCUGGAUUUCGGCCAGAUCAUCACCAUCAGCAUCACGGCCACCGCAGCCAGCAUCGGGGCAGCUGGCAUCCCCCAGGCUGGGCUCGUCACCAUGGUCAUCGUGCUUACCUCUGUGGGACUGCCCACUGACGACAUCACCCUCAUCAUCGCUGUCGACUGGGCUCUGGACCGCUUCCGCACCAUGAUUAACGUGCUGGGGGAUGCACUGGCCGCAGGGAUCAUGGCCCACAUCUGCCGGAAGGACUUCACUCAGGACACAGGCACUGAGAAACUGCUGCCCUGUGAGACCAAGCCUGUGAGCCUCCAGGAGAUUGUGGCAACCCAGCAGAAUGGCUGUGUGAAGAGCGUGGCUGAGGCCUCAGAGCUGACUCUGGGCCCCACCUGUCCCCACCAUGUCCCUGUCCAGGUGGAACAGGAUGAGGAGUCAGCUACCACCUGUCCAGACCACUGCACCAUUGAGAUUAGUGAGCUUGAGACCAAUGUCUGA